AAGUAUGACCACCCUUGCACUCCCUACAAGUCACUGCCCUUACCAGUUCCCUUCAAAUCCAAGUUGUAGGGAGUGUACUUCAAAAUCUCCUAUUCACUAUGUUAAUCAUAGGCACAGGAGUGGCUAUGUGGUAAGUAGAUUGCUUACCAACCACAUGGUUCUAGGUUCAGUCCCACUAUGUGGCACUUUGGGCAAGUGUCUUCUGCUAUAUAGCCUUGAGCUGACCAAAGCCUUGUGAGUGGAUUUGGUAGAUGGAAACUGAAAGAAGCCUCUCGUAUGUGUGUGCAGUUAUUUGUCUCCCCCCCCAACAUCACUUGACAACCGAUGCUGGUGUGUUUACAUCCCUGAAACUUAGCAGUUUGGCAAAAAAGGAGCUGAUAGAAUGAGUACUAUGCUUGUAAAGAAUAAGUCCUGAGGGUUGAUUUUCUCGAUUAAAGGUGGUGCUCCAGCAUGGCUGCAGUCAGAUGACUGACACAAGUAAAGGAAUAAAAGACUUGUUAUUAAAACUGACCAUUAUUGUGCUGGUACCACAUAAAAAGCACAGUCCACUCUGCUGAUAAAAUAAAUACCAGCCUUGUGUCAAAAUUUGAAACCAUUAUUCGUAUUUAACGCAAUAUAAACCAAGAUUGUCUUGUAGACGCAGGCUAGCAUGAUCAAACAGAUCUAUAAUCAAAGAUAUUCUACCCGUAACCGUCACAAGUUUAUAUAUCCGAUUCUAUACUGUCGAAUGUUACCUUCUUUUAAGAAGGAAGGGCAGUGAACUUAUUUCUGGCACAUCGAGCUACUACCUAGGGGCUUCGUCGCUGAUAAAUAGUUGUUAUUUUUACUAUUUAUUUUUUUCUUCAUAUUUACCACUUUUAAGAAGGAACAAAUUCGAAUAAUUAUUUUCUCACUGCUAAAUUAUGUCGAAGACAUUUUAUGUAUGUCACCGGCAUCGUUCAAACAAGGGAGAUAAAUAUUUAUCGACACCACAUAGCUGUGUUUCUGACUAGUUGAGCUAAACCUUAUUAUAUUGUACGAAGUAAUUAUUGCAUGUUAAGAUGAACGUUAGUAUUUGUGGAACAAAUAGGACGACGUACAUGUGUUCCUUCACCUUAAUGAUUAAAUAUUUCAUUUGAUCACAGCUUUACAUCGUUAAUUGGUUGUUCCCUAUUUUACAGGACAGGCGAAAUGGCUUUUAAUCAAAAACAAAUCAAUCAAUGAGCUUUCUUCACACUUCUUCACUUUUCAUUUGGACUUUAUAUCAAACAUUCUACUGGUGAGUAGAAAAUAUAUCUACAUUACAUCUGCUCCACACAUGUAAACAAAGAUCUGUGAUAUCUAAGACAAGAAACUCAACCAUAAUAGAUUAAUUAACUCGUCGCAGACACUCGUCAGCUUUUUGAGAGUUGCUCAAGAAUUAAUAUGGAGAACGUUGAUCAUUUGGAUUUUUCUAGCACAACUGUUUUUAAAAUUACAGAUACAGUUAGAGAAACAGAUCGGGAUGAGAAAGCUGAAGACAAAAAUGUUCCUGAAUAUCGCUGUGAGAUUUGUAGGCAGACUUUCUCUUCAGAAGAUGAAGUCUUCUCACACAAAGAAAGGCACUGUAAAGAGAAACCGUUCCAUUGUGAAAUAUGUGGGAAAUCAUUUCUUAAGAAUUCUCAUCUUGUUGUUCACAAACGUAAUCACACUGGAGAAAAACCAUUCCACUGUGAAAUAUGUGAGAAAUCUUUUGUUUCAAGCGGAGAUUUAACAAGACACAAAAGAAUACACACGGGGGAAAAACCUUUCCACUGUGAAAUAUGUGGGAAAACUUUCACUCAGAAUUCUAAUCUUGUUGUUCAUACACGUAGUCAUACAGGAGAAAAACCGUUCCAAUGUGAAAUAUGUGAGAAAUUUUUUGUUUCUAGUACUGUCCUAACAACGCACAAACGAAUACACACAGGAGAAAAACCUUUCCAUUGUGAAAUCUGUGGGAAAUCUUUCGUUUAUAUAAAUGAUUUAAACAGACACAAGAUAAUACAUACUGGCGAGAAACCCUAUCAUUGUGAAAUAUGUGGGAAAUCUUUUGUUAAUAGCAGUAAUUUAAUGACACACAAGCGUACACACACUGGAGAGAAACCGUACCAUUGUGAAAUAUGCGGGAAAUAUUUCGUUAGGAGUAGUAAUGUAAGAAGACACAAAAUAAUACAUACUGGAGAAAAACCGUUCCACUGUGAAAUGUGUGGGAAAUCUUUCUCUGAUAAAUAUAAUCUUGCAGUCCAUGAAAGACAACACACAGGAGAAAAACCAUAUGAUUGUGAAAUAUGUUCAAAAUCAUUUUCUGAUAAAUCUAAGCUUAUAGUUCAUGAAAGACUGCAUACUGGAAUACAACCAUAUAAUUGUCAAUUAUGUGAGAAAUAUUUUGUAUCUAAUAUUAGUUUAAAAAAUCACCUAAGAAUACACACUGGAAUAAAACCUUUCCACUGUGAAAUUUGUGGGAAAUCUUUCACUCAAAAUUCUGGUCUUCAACUACACAAACGUAUUCACACUGGAGAAAAACCUUACCACUGCGAAAUAUGUGGGACAAUGUUUGUGUCUAGCAGUGACUUAACAAGGCACAUAAGGAUACACACUGGAGAAAAACCUUUCCACUGUGAAAUAUGCGGAAAAUCUUUCACUUACAGCUCUAGUCUAGUUAUCCACAAACGUAUCCACAGUGGAGAAAAAAAUUUGUCAUUGUGAAAUAUGAAAUACUGCAAAAGGAUUCACCCUGGGGCGAAAUCUAUUAACUGUGAAAUAAAAUAAAUCUUUUUCUUUAGAGAACAUUAAAAAAUGUUUUCGUUUUUGUUCAAAAUUUGGCACUGUCAUGGUAUUAGCUGUCAGAAUUGAAAGUAGAAAAAUCUGACAAUGAACGUUACUGCUGGUUUGAGUUGAUUCUUUGGCUACUGACAGCUAAUACCAUGACUGGCCAGAGCGAGCUAUCUGUCUGUCUGUCUGUCUCACUAUCUCUCUCUCUCUCUCUCUCUCUCUCUCUAUCUAUCUAUCACUCGUUCAACUCUGUUUGUGUCCGUAGAAUUUAUCAAAUUAGAAAACGCAAAUUUAAAAAUAAUAGGAUCGACCACUCACGACUAGCUAGCGCGGACGCGCGACUGCGCGUUCGGGACCACUCUGCUUUAGUAGUACCCUUAUACUCUGUGUGUUUUCAAGCGCAUGGAUAUAGGAGUCAAAUUUGUUCCAAUAACUUUCGAGUGAUAGAUAGAUAGAUAGAGAGAGAGAGAGACAGACAGACAGAUAGCUCGCUCCGGCCAGUCAUGGUAUUAGCUGUCAGUAGCCAAAGAAUCAACUCAAACCAGCAGUAACGUUCCUUGUCAGAUUUUUCUACUUUCACUUCUGACAGCUAAUACCAUGACAGUGCCCCUGUUUUUGUUGACUUCUAACACGCUCGCACGCGCACUUAUAGGAUCGAAUACUCACGACUAGCUAGCGCGACUGCGCGUUGGGGACCACUCUUCUUUAGCAGUACCACGUAGUCCUCACGCAUAUUCAGCGUGACACAGUGUGACAAAGCUGACCCUUUGAAUUACAGGCACAACAGAAACAGGAAGAAAGAGUGAGAGAAAGUUGUUAUGGAAGAGUAGAGCACAGUUCGCCACCAUCCCCUGCCGGAGCCUCGUGGAGCUUUUAGGUGUUUUCGCUCAAUAAACACUCACAACGCCCGGUCUGGGAAUCGAAACCGCGAGUCCACUGCCCUAACCACUGGGCCAUUGCGCCUCCUGUUGUCUCACUGUACGUGACAUAAACGGCUCUCACCGCAGAAACAGAAAUAUAAGCGCACGCAAGCACAUACGUUAGUAUUUAUGUAAACACAUGAACCCUCGUUUGUAGCAUGUUUACGUCGUAUCACGUGACCCGAAUUGACCAAUGAAAAUCCAAUAAAUCCACUUGUGUCUUAUUCCUCCAUUAUACUUCUAAUUUGUUAAUUGCAUCUUUUUACCGUUUCAUUUCUUUCCCCUUUUCGUUCAAUAAGUUAUUAAAUGGGAACACCCAGUUAACAUUAUCAGUUUUAUACACGACUGACUUCUCUACAGUUUUCAACCAAUUCCCACUGGCAGGAUAUCUUUCAAUUUAACACUUGCAACAGCGACAACUAAAGAUUACAGUAUAUUAAUUGUUUAUAGCAACUGGUCAUGCCACGAACUCCAGACGCGAAAGAAUUGUCAGAUUUUCAAAGAGGACGUAUCGUGGGUCAGUCUGAUAGUGGACGUAGCCAGCGUAAGAUUGCACAAAGCCUUGGAAUUCCUCUUGCCACGGUGAACAGAGUGAUUGUACAGUUCACCAGCGAAGGAAAGGAAUCAACUGCCUCCCGCUCAGGUCGACCUGGGCCCUCUGAUAAAUGUCUUCAGACUGUUGAACAGAUUGUUGAAAAUAAUCCACAUUGUAAGGCAGCUGAUGUUGCAGAGCAACUCCAAAAGAGUCGGAGUACUUCUGUGAGGUAUCUUCAUCAACUUGGCUACUACGGUAAAGUAGCAAGAAGGAAACCCUCUUUGACCCACAGAUAUCCAAAGGAUUGGACAAAUAAGGUGGUAGAGAGAGCCAAAUGGGUUAAAACAUUAAAACCUACAGAAGAAAUCUCAACUACAUCCUAAAUGAAUUAUUUAAACGCAUCAUAUAACAUUAUUUUCGUUCUUGAAAUUAAAUCCUUCAAAAAAAUGAUUGA